ACAAUGGCCAAUCAAAAUCAUGCAGUGGUAUGUACAACUGUGGCUGGGUGGCAAUGGCUGCCAAAGAAAGUUGUCGGUGGGGAAAUACACAGUAAAGUAGUAGUAGGUGCGCUAUGAGUGAUGUCGGAGUGUUACAGGUUGUUUACACCAACACGGUAGUUAUUUACAGUGUUUAAUAUUCAAGCGGUCAGUAACAAUUUAGAUAUAAGAAUGACGUUUGAGACCAUGCCGGCAACCUAAUUUUAGUGAGUAGGCGUAGUCCAGGUUUAUGGCUCUGGAUGCAGGUGUACAGGGACAUAAACGGGUGGUAUCGGGGUCUGUGUUGCAAGUGUCAGUUUUGAUAAAGAUGGUUUCAUCAAAUCACAGAUAUGAGAACGCAAAGGUGUUGGGAGAGCUGAGGCUGGAGUGAUGUGUUUGAUGCACCUCAUGCUGCAAAGAGUUCUAGCCAUUGACAGUGGACACAAAUGAAAUAAGCAUAGCCGAAUACAUACAGGCAGCAUGUUUCACUUGCAGCAGUCUCUUCAGUGAGGUGAUGUGAUCCUCCUUUACACAUUCUUAAGCAACCACACAGACUGUAACAUAAAUACUAGUCUGGAAUGGGCAAUAAAAAUAGUUGUUGUCCUUACUCCAGCCCCAAUGCUGGAGGUAAAGAUGAUGAAAGGAUUGAAGAAUAUCUGCCUGAAGGAGAAGAAAGUGUGGGUAAUCUUCAGCAUAUAAGUGAGCGUGAGCCAGAGGACUGGGACACAGAUCCAUCACUUCAUCCGAAGGCAGGAACAAUAUUCAUGGAAAGAUCAAAAGCGUCAAUUGAGAAUGGCUUGGUGAGAAAGAGAAGCCAGAAUCAUCUAGUUGACUCAAGACCAUUAAAGAAGAGCAGCUCAUGUUCCACAAUAUAUCUUGAUGACAGUACAGUUUCUCAACCAAAUUUAAAAAAUACUGUGAAAUGUGUAGCUUUAGCAAUAUAUUAUCACAUCAAGAACCGAACAUCGCAUAGACAGUUAGAAAUUUUUGAUGAGAAACUUCAUCCUCUGUCUAGAGAUGCGGUGCCCGACGAUUAUGAUAGACAUAAUCCGGAACAUAGACAGAUUUACAAAUUUGUGAGAACCCUGUUUAAUGCUGCACAACUCACAGCAGAAUGUGCAAUAAUCACUCUUGUCUACUUGGAGAGACUGCUGACGUAUGCUGAGGUCGAUAUAACCCCUGCCAAUUGGAAAAGAAUCGUUCUUGGAGCAAUCUUAUUAGCAUCAAAAGUAUGGGAUGAUCAGGCUGUGUGGAAUGUUGAUUACUGUCAAAUACUGAAGGACAUCACUGUAGAAGACAUGAAUGAACUUGAGCGACAGUUUCUGGAAAUGUUACAAUUCAACAUUAAUGUUCCCUCCAGUGUUUAUGCAAAGUAUUACUUCGAUCUCCGAACUCUAGCAGAGGCAAACGAUCUUUCAUUUCCUGCUGAGCCACUCAGCAAAGAAAGAGCUCAAAAGCUAGAGGCUAUGUCACGUGUCUGUGAGGACAAAAUAACGGCAGAGGCAUUACGUAAUGGACACAAAAAAUGGUCAAGUAUGGAUAAUGUGAGUACUGGAGGACCUAGACGCAGUGUAGCAAUUCUUUCGUAACACAGUGAGUUUUGUCUGUUGAGUUGCACACUGCUUGAAGUUUGAUCACCAUGUGUUAAUGAAAUGAGACCACUGAAAAAAAGGACUGAUGUAUACGUCCAGUCUUAUUUUUCUUGCCGAUGACUUUCAUCAUGAGAUGUAUUAUGAAACUGUCAGACAAGCAGUGUAUGAAACACCUACAUUUUAAACACUUUGUACUGGUGGUGAUGCAACGAAGUUAUGUAUGAAUGACUGAAAAUUUUUAAUAAGUUUUAUUUGUCAGUUGUAUCUAUACAAAUUACCAAAGGAUGUUUCUGCAAUACAGGUGCUGUGUUGCUGUUAAGAGGAGGAUAAAAUUUCACAUUAUAUUUCUUUUUUAUGUAAAGAUUGUUUCUUCCAAACCCUGUCUUUUUUUUUCCAGAAAUUAUUGGGAAGUAUCCAACAUAGUUUUUAUCUUUUGUAUUGCCUUGUACAGUAAACAAAGUAAUUUAAAGGUUUGAAAUUUUAAUAUGACUGUGUAGUCAUGCAGUGAUGUAAUGGCUGUAACUUCCUAACAGUAAUAUGUUGUCAGUUGUAGGCAGCUGAAAUUGUAUUGAAAGUCAGUACAUAUAUGUAGCACAACAUCAGCCAUCUUUUCUGUGAUUAAAUUUUGUUAUUUUAAAUACCAAAAUAUUUUACUGGUAAUUGUUAGCAAAAAUUUUAUGCGUCUUUGCUUAUUAAGAAAUUUAUUGUAUUUGCUAUAUUUUUGAUUGCUGUAACUUUCAAAAAAUAUGUAAUUAUUUAAUUUUCCUUAGGGAAGGCAUUUAUAGUGUUUCCACAAAUACUUGUAUAUUUUUGUAGAACUUAUAUGAAGAUUUUUUUUAAUGUGUUGACAAGUCUGUUUCAUUCCUUUGCUCUUAUAUAUAUAUAAAAAAUAAUGCACCAGGGCGAUAAUUUUGUUUGCCCAUUACAAUAUUAUUUUGUUAAAGUGAUGUGUCACUUCUUCCACUAUUCCUUCAGAAAUAUGUCUUGAAAAUUUCAUAGUGCAGAAUAUAUAAAAAGAAAUAGCACCUUUUUCUAUGAAGUUCAGUUCAUAAAAUGUAAAUCAUCAAAUCUAAUUAUUUGACAUGAUUUGUCAAGAAUUUAAGUUCAUUGUUUCUUUGAUUCUCUUGAGUUUACAGAACAGCAGUUUGGACCUCAGAAAUGGAUACAGAUUGCUAUUCUCCUAAGAGAAUUAUUUGCUUUAAAGUAAUUGUUGUGUAUGUGACCUGUGCCAGACUUUUGUAAUGAAACGCCUUUACAGAAAUUUCAUAUUGAAAUAUAUUUUUAAAUUGCUUGAA